ACAACAAGAUCUUCAUUCAGUUCCUCCAGCUCAGCGUGUUUGGUUGUCAUCAGUGACGCUGUUGCUAGGCACUGUACAUGGCUGAACGCAUUCAGCUCUCCAUAGCUUUGUGCAGGAUUGCUUUUUACACGUGCUUCCGAAAACUGUGCUGUAAAGGUCCCCGCAUUCCUAGACCAGAGUAUGAUGUGGUGUGUAUUGGACUCAGCGGUGCUGGCAAAACCAGUCUCAUUAGACGGCUCUGCAGAGAAGGUCUCGAUGAAAUUGUACCCACUCAAGGUUUCAGCAUCAAGGCAGUGGCUUUCCCGAAUGCAGUACUGAAUGUGAAGGAACUUGGAGGGGCAGACAAUAUCAAGAAACACUGGAGCCGCUACUACCAAGGCUCCCAAGGAGUGGUAUUCGUUCUUGACAGCACUGUUUCGGAUGAGAAGAUGGAGGCUUGCCGAUCUGAACUCCUUUUGGCCCUGCAGCACCCUCAGCUCUGCACACUCCCCUUCCUCAUCCUUGCCAACCACCAAGAUUCACCAGCUGCCCGUUCUGUCCCAGAGAUAAAGAAGUAUUUUGAAUUGGAGCCACGGGCAAAAGGGAAGAGAUGGAUCCUUGAGGGCAGCUCAAUAAACAACAUGGAGGCUGUGAGGGAGGGCUUCAGUGAGCUCAUCAGCCUUAUGGAAGACAAGGAGCUGUAAAGCGUCAGGAGAUGAUUCAGGACACAAGUUCAAAGAAAGGAGAGGGAAAAAAAAAGCCAAAAACAAAACAAUUGUCCAGAUAGACAAAACAAAGAAUUUGUGUCUCUAGGGGAGUGUUGUUCAUCUGAAGGAAAUGCAGCAAUGUUUUAUUUUUCACCUCUCCUUCAAAAGAUGUUGUUUUUAAUCACUGAACAGAAAAGACAGACGCUGACCUUUAAACAUCAGCAAACUUUAGGUCAUCACAAACUUUAGGUCUGGGAUAAGAUGCUUUUUGUAACGGAAAAAUCUAGAGUAUUUAAGAUAUUUUUUUUUUGUCAAUAGAUAUGUAAAAUUUGUACCGAAUCAGUAGGCAAUUAAGCAUGUGUAGUCUAAAGCAUCGUGCAAUGUAAAAUUUCAAGGCACAACUUCACGGCACUGUAAUUUACUACUGUUACCUUUCUUACUGUUUAAAAGUAAAGCAUUUUAUGAAUUUCCAAA